UAUAUAUAUAAAGAAAGAGAAAUUAAGAUCUGAUCAAGAAAAAGCUGGCAAACAAGUGGUGGGAGAGAAUAGAUGCGGGUAUGGCAGAGUAUAACCAACUCCUCAGACCUCAACUGCACUUGCAAGCGCUCUCUCUUCCUCAACAUCACACAACAACACAACCCUCUGAUUCCAAGGACUCGCCCGAAAGGCCGGACCCCGAUGCCGCCACCAGCAGCUCCGGCGGAGCAUCUGGCUCCAUUCGGCGCCCUCGGGGCCGUCCUCCCGGGUCCAAAAACAAGCCAAAGCCUCCAAUUAUUGUGACAAGGGACAGCCCCAACGCCCUCCGAUCCCACGUGCUUGAAGUAGCUGCUGGUGCUGAUGUUGUCGAGAGCGUGUCGAAUUAUGCCCGCCGGAGAGGGAGAGGAGUGUCCGUGCUCAGCGGAGGCGGCACGGUUGUGAAUGUCAUGCUGCGUCAGGCGGCGGCUCCGGCUGGGAGUGUGGUGACGCUGCACGGCCGUUUUGAGAUUCUUUCGCUCUCGGGGACUGUGCUUCCGCCACCGGCACCGCCCGGUGCUAGCGGGCUGUCCAUAUUCUUGGCUGGUGGACAGGGACAGGUGGUGGGAGGGAGUGUGGUGGGUCCUUUAGUGGCUUCAGGUCCGGUGGUUCUGAUGGCAGCAUCCUUUGCGAACGCCGUGUUUGAGCGUUUACCACUGGAGGAGGAGGAGGGAGGGCAGGUCCAGGUCCAACCCGCGGCGUCGCAGUCAUCAGGUGUGACUGGAGGGGAUGGUAAUCGGCACGUGGGUGGUGACGGGGAAGGUGGUGGUGGAAGUGGCGUUCCUUUCUUUAAUAUGGGUGGGAACCUGCCUAAUUAUCCUUUUUCGGGUGAUUUGUUCGGAUGGGGGACAAGUGCUGCAAGGCCUCCAUUUUAAUGGUGUUUGAUUGUAAGAUCGAGUUUUUGGUUAAUAUCAGUGAUCAUAAAUUCAAAGUAACCUUGAUUUCAUGUGAUUCAGCUUUAGACAAGUGAUUGAGGAAGAAGGAAUAGCUUUUGUGUGAUAAAAAUAAUUUUAGUGAGAUUUAUAUAUAUAUAUAUGAUAUAGAGAGAUGAAAUUGGUCUUCUUAUGAGUUAGUAAUUUCGAGGAGGGAUUUGAAGAUCGAAGAAUGGUUUUGCUGAAGUUCGAGUCAUGAUGGAUCUAUUGAAGAAGGCCAAGUAGUUUUCUGGUUGAAACGGAUGGCACGAAAUGUGGAGCAAAGGAAUUGAUAGUUUAAAAACUUCUCAAUUAAGGUCAGUAAGUACUCAAACUUGAUGUAUAUAAACCCUCAUUUCUUAUUUCAUGUUCUUAGAUUAUGUAAUGUGGAAAUUGUUAUGAUGCACAUUAUU